AUGUCGACGCUGGGCUACCGUGACUCGGGCUCGGUGGUCCUGUCGAAGGCUGAGGCGCUCCGACAGGCGCAUGAGAAGGAUGGCGAGCGGUCGCGGAUGAUGGUCUUUUCGAAGAGGCAGAGCCCUCCGAGGAAGCGGAAGGAUGAGCGGGAGGAGCGAGACAAGGAGGAGGCGGCCGAGUUCGAGAUGAAGCUUGCCAACAUCGUGGCGAAGCGUCCAGACAAGCGCCUGAAGUGGCUCCAGAAGGGCAUGCUGCUGAUCGGGAGGAAGAUGCUCAAGGCCUCGGAUUUCUAUGAACUGGUCAUGGACAAGGCUUUCAUCUCAGACGCGCCGGCCGAAGUUGGUGCCAGGAUGAAAGCAUCUAUCCUCGCCAACCUCCACCUCUUCUCUUCCAAGCAGCAGAAGGCGUUGCAAAGUGAAUCAUGCCAUUUCAACCAGUUCUCGUCGGCUUCUUCAAAGGACCGCGCUGCCAAGGAGCCCAAACGCCCAGUCGAGCGCGAAGGUGGCGAGGGCAAGAAGAAGCCCCGCAAGCGCAGAGCAAAGGAUUCCAGGGGCAGCGAAGACGAUGUGGAUUCCCUCGACUCCCGGGCUCCGCCACCACGUCGCCCGCGGCGGGACGACCGGCGGGAUGACCGGCGCGAUGAUCGCCGGGACGACAGGCGCGAUGAUCGCCGGGAUGAUCGGCGCGACGAGGACAGAGACCGAGCUGACGACCGUCGCAUCUAUGCUCGUGGGGCGGCCGACGACGGCUACUGA